GCGCGGCAGCCAAUGGGCGGCGCAGACCGCGAACGCCGGGGUGGGGGUGUGGGGUGAGCCGGAGGCCCGAGGCCCGGGCUGCACCUCUUUGCCGCCGCCACCUCUGUCGCCAUCCGAGCCGCCAGCGCCGGGAAUACAAGAUCAUUCUUUUUAUAUUGCUAUUUAGGACUCUCCAGUGGCAGAAUCCCAGCCUUAACUGGCAUAUACCCAAGAAAAGAACCAACUAUUUCUCAUCACGUAUGUCAUCAGGUAUUUGGACACCAUGCCACAAGAGUGAUCUCUUGACCUGUCUUUACAAUGGAGGACUCUGCAAAAACUUUCAGCUCUGAAGAGGAAGAAGCGAACUAUUGGAAAGAUUUGGCUAUGACCUACAAGCAGAGGGCAGAGAAUACGCAGGAGGAACUCCGGGAAUUCCAGGAGGGAAGCCGAGAAUAUGAAGCUGAACUGGAGACACAGUUGCAACAAAUUGAAACCAGGAACAGGGAUCUCCUGUCAGAAAACAACCGCCUUCGCAUGGAACUCGAAAGUAUCAAGGAGAAGUUUGAAACACAGCAUUCAGAGGGGUACCGACAGAUUUCAGCCUUAGAGGAUGACCUUGCCCAGACAAAAGCCAUAAAAGAUCAACUGCAGAAAUACAUCCGGGAGCUGGAGCAAGCCAAUGAUGAUUUGGAGAGAGCAAAACGGGCCACAAUCAUGUCUUUAGAAGACUUCGAGCAACGUUUGAAUCAAGCCAUUGAAAGAAAUGCAUUUCUGGAGAGUGAACUGGAUGAGAAGGAGAACCUCCUGGAAUCUGUUCAGCGACUAAAGGAUGAGGCCAGAGACUUGCGACAGGAAUUGGCUGUGCAGCAAAAGCAGGAGAAGCCCAGGACCCCCAUACCCAGCACGGGGGAGGCUGAAAGGACAGACACUGCUGUUCAGGCCACUAGCUCCAUGCCAUCCACACCCAUAGCUCACCGAGGACCCGGCUCAAGUUUAAACACGCCAGGGACAUUCAGGCGUGGUGCGGAGGACAGCACGAGUGGGACUCCACUCACACCUGCGGCUCGGAUCUCAGCCCUGAACAUCGUGGGAGACCUGCUGCGCAAAGUAGGGGCAUUGGAGUCCAAGCUUGCAUCCUGCCGGAACUUCGUGUAUGAUCAGUCUCCAAACCGAACCAGUGGCCCAGCUUCCGGGCGAGGGAGCAAGAACAGAGAUGGUAGUGACAGGCGGUCCAACAGCACCAAUGUGACUCUGGGUGACAAAGGGUUGGGAAAACGCCUGGAAUUUGGAAAAACGCCUUCAAAUGUUUCCUCACCUUCACUGCCACCAGCCCAGGGUGUAGUCAAGAUGUUGCUUUAGGAAAUCCUCGGAAGCCGAAGCCUCCACUUGUCUGUUCAGGAGAUGCUACUUUCUUCCCCUCCUUGAGCUAGGUCUUUGUUCUUUGAAAAUAGUUGGAUAAAUCUGAGCAUUUCAGUCACAUGAGCCAGUGGCUGAGGACACCACUGCCUGUGGUGUCCUCAUGACUGUUCCUGAAAUCUCUUCCAAUCCCUAACUUCCUUGUCAGUGUGUUGCAAGUGGAUGGGGACAAACUGACCUUCUGGAAAGGGCUGUAAGGUGGUUGCCAGAGCCGCUCCAUCUCUUUGACUUGAACCAAGUCUGCAUUGGUCUUGAGAGGUGUUUUUAAUGCCCAGAGAAGCCAUCACAGUGGGAUCUGAACUCAACCCUCCUCAGCUGGAGCUUCCUUCCAGAGCAAACUACCCCAUGCACUGUGACAUAGAAAGUCAUGUCUAGGAGCGGCGAACGUUACAGACUUGUGCCUUUUCUUAAACUGUGGUGUAGUGUACCUUUUUUUUUUAAAUUCCUCCUACAUGCCAGGGAAUCAGCCCAGGGUCUCACAUAUGCCACUGAGCUAAUUUUUACACAAGAGAAGAGAGACACCGAAGCACUGCUCCACUAUCUGUGGAACUCUUCCCUCUCCCAUUCACCCUACCCCUCAGCUGUCCAUGGUGUUCCUAUGUGGUGUCUGGAUUGAAUCCAGGGUCUCAUGCAUAGUAAGGUAUAUGUUUUACUUGCUAAGUUCUCUCUCAGGGCCCCUCUGAGCCUUUUUUGUCUGUCUUUCAUUGAGACAUUUUAGAGAAGUGCUUGAAUUUGAGCCCAUUUUACAUUGAAAGAGUCAGAGAACGACUAGUGUCUUCUUUAGAUUGAUCUGACUGUUGUCCUAAAAGCCCCUUGCCCUGGGAUUAUGGGUGGUCUCCACUUCAGGACUCUUAGAAACACUGAGGUGCAGUAGCUUUGGAAUGCCACCCCCAAGAAUAGGCCUGUGUACAAAGCCAUAAUGGUGUCAUCUGGGUGCCCUUCAAAUAAUAUUAAGCCCCCAGUGUGUUGUUGGGAGCCUCCCUCCUUUGGAGAAAGGCACACAGGAUCCCUAGCACUGAUGGUGCCUGUGCUCAGCCCUACAGUGAACCUGUUGUCUGAUACUCCCAGACACAUGAAAUGAACACUAAUUCAGGAGCACAUGUUCAGCCUCUUAGCCUCCCCUGUGCCACUAAGUUAUUUUUCUGAAAAAAAAAAAAAAAAAAAAAAAAGCAGACAUAUAUCCUCAAGUUAAAUACAACUUUCCAAGAACUACCAGCAUUCAGCAGAAAAUUAAACUUCAGCUCCCAGGUUCAUGACCAUGGAACAUCCUAACCCAUUAUCAGUGAAAAAUGUGGUUUUUUUUAUUUUAAGAACAAUAAAAUCAAGAGAUAUCAACAUUCA